UCACUUCAAGAUGGCGUUGCGCACGGUAUGUGCUGCUACCUUGCGAAGUGGGACAGACUUAGGGGUCAAUAAUGUGAGGACACUUGUCACAUCAGCGUUCCUGUGUGGACGGAGACCUGCCUUGGGGCCAAUGCCAAAUGAGGAGAUAAACGUGAGGAAGCUGGAGUCCCUGGAGAAGUAUCGCAGCUACGGCCGUUACUUAAAACAUGCUGAGGAGGCAAAGAAUAAACCUGUCUGGUGGAAGACCUACAGGAGCUACGUGGAAAAAGCCGAUCCUGAGCAUGGUGCAGAGCGAGUGGACAUUGGACUGCCAUACUCUGGAUCCUCCAGGACCAAACAGCUGAUGGAGAGGAGACAGGUGAUGAAGGAUAAGAAGAAGAACGUGGAGCUGGAGAGGGCCUCUCGUCUGCGCACUCUUAAAAUCCCUCUGGAUCAAGUGCAGGAAACCUGGGCGAAGACCAGUGGUCCGUUUCAUAUAAGGAGACUGGCGGACCACUAUGGGGUCUUCAGAGAUCUCUUCCCGAUGGCGUAUUUUCUACCUCAAGUCUCACUCCACAUCUGCUAUGGCCAGGGCAACGCUGGUCAAGUGCAUUAUGGGAAUCGACUGACACCAACUGACGCAGCGUCUGCCCCCCAGAUCAGCUUUGAUGCAGAGGAGGGCUCCCUGUGGACUCUUCUGCUCACCUGUCCAGAUGAGCAUCUUCUGGACAAUGAGGCGGAAUACAUCCACUGGCUAGUAGGGAACAUACCAGGCGGAGCAGUGCAGGCUGGGGAAGAGCUGUGUCACUACCUGCCCCCCUUCCCCGCCAGAGGAACAGGCUUCCACCGCUACGUUUAUGUCCUCUUCAAGCAGGAGGGACCAAUCGGCUUCCAGGAGGAUGCCAGGCCAUCACCAUGCCAUUCUCUGGUGGAUCGUACAUUUAAGACGGUGGAUUUCUACAGAAAGCACCAGGACCAUAUGACACCUGCAGGCCUGGCCUUCUUCCAGUGCCAGUGGGAUGAUUCUGUCACCAGCACCUUUCACAACACACUCAACAUGAGGGAGCCGGUGUUUGACUUUAUCUGGCCUCCAGUGUACCACCCUCCACAGGUCAAAUUCCCCCAGGGACAGCCCCUGCGUUACCUGGACAGAUACAGAGAUGGAAAGGAGCACACCUAUGGAAUAUAUUGAUUGUGAGACACAUGUUCACAGAGAGGAGAAAACACACUUCCUUGCAAAUGUGUAGUGAUGUAUGGCAUAUUUAUGUUAAAUAAUAAAGCUUUUUUCAACUGU